AUGCCUGCUAAAAGGAAAAGAAGUUUGGCACCUGGUGCUGAUGGUAAAGUAGAUGAAAGAGAAGAAUCUCCUGCUCCUGUUGUUAAAAAAAGGAAGAAAAUACUCCAUUAUGAUCCAGUAGAGAUAUGUCAAGAGUUAUAUGAUAUAAUAAGAAAUCAUAAAACAGAAGACAGUAGAUUAUUGUGUGAAACAUUUAUUCGUGCACCAAAAAGAAGGACGGCUGCUGACUAUUAUGAAGUAGUUACUACUCCAAUAGACUUAUUAAAGAUACAACAGAAACUAAAAACAGAGGAAUAUGAUGAUAUAGAUCAGUUAACAAGUGAUGUAGAAUUAUUAGUUAAAAAUGCCAAGGCUUAUUAUAAGAAAGACAGUCAGGAAUAUAAUGAUGCAGAAGAAUUAUACAAUCUUUAUGAUACAUCAAGAAAUGAUCUUCUUGCUGAAGCUUUUGGUGUAGGGGAAGCUGAGGAUACCAAAAAUGAGGAGGCCAUGGAUGAAGAAGAUGAUAAACUUGAAGAUAAAGAAGAGGAGAAGGCGGAUGCUGAUGAUUUAGAGGCUUUAUUUGGUGUUGUUGUAACAGCUAGAGAAGAUGACCGAGACUUAUCAUUAAUCUUUCAACUAUUACCAGCUGCUUCUAGAUAUCCAGAUUAUUAUGAAGUGAUUAAAGAUCCAAUAGAUUUACGUAUGAUAGGACAGAAAAUACAGAAUAAUGAAUAUAAAACUUUAGCUGAUUUGGAGAAAGAUUUAUUAUUGAUGUUAAAGAAUGCUAAAACAUUUAAUACACCUAAAUCACAGAUAUACAAGGACUCAAUGACACUGAGAAAAUUAAUUAUUGCUAAACGCCAUGAACUGGAACAUAAACAGAAAGUAACAUCAAAAUCAGAACGGUUAAAUCUCAGAACGCGUGAGAAAUGUCCAAUACAAAAGAUGUCUGCUAUCUGUGCUCAGUUAACGUAUCCUAGUGAUGAUGAAAGUGAUAUUGGUACUGUUGAUAUGAAUACAUCUCAAAUAGAUUAUGAUUCGGAAGCAGAUACAACAGUUUCUGAUGAUGAGAAUCCACAAUGGGCAUUAUACAAUACAAUACGUAAUUAUCAAACAGUUGAUGGAGAUUUAUCACUUCCAUUUCUUAAAUUGCCUAAUAAGAGAAUAUAUAGAGAUUAUUAUGAAGAAAUUAAGAGACCCAUAUCAUUAUUUCAAAUUCGAAAGAAAUUGAAGCAAAGACAAUACAGUAGUUUGAGUGAAUUAGCAUCUGAUAUGAAUUUAAUGUUUGAAAAUGCUAAAAGAUAUAAUAUGGCUCAAUCAAGAUUAUAUAAAGAUGCUGUAAUUCUACAGAAAGCAAUGAUGGAAAGAAAGAGGGAAUUAGAUAAAUUUGAUGUUAAGGUUGGAUUUCAUUUUAUUAACUUGACUGAAGGGUGUUAUUGUGGCCAGCGUUCGAGGAGACCUUUGACAUUUCACCAAAUAAAAGGAAAUUUAACCAGGGGUAGAUAUAAAAGAUUAGAUAGAUUUCAAGAAGAUAUGUUUCAAGUAUUUGAUAGAGCUAGAAGAUUGAGUCGUACAGAUUCACAGCUUUAUGAAGAUGCUGUAGAAAUGCAGAUGUUAUUUAUGAAGACUCGAGAUGAACUAUGUAAAAAUGGUGAAAUGGUUUUAACACCUGCUCUCAGUUUUAUGGAACGCCAUCUACAGUUACAAGUAGAAGCUGAGAAAAAAGCUAAAAUUCCUCAUGAACAGAAAGAAGAUGAAGAAAAGAAAAAAACACAAGAAAUUGAAGACAAAGAUGAUGAUAAGGUAUAA